CCGAAAACCACGGUAAGUGAAGAUCAGCAGUCUCACAGAACAGCAGCAGACUGCAAGAAGAGGCACACACUUCUUCCUGCGCUUCGCUUCGACAUGGCCUUCGUCGUGCUGUGCCUGGCCCUGGUGUUGGUGCCGUGGACUGCCGCCUCGCCCGUCCACAACUCCACUGCUCUCAGGGUCAACGACGGCCACAAAAACCGAACGAAAAGAUGCUUUGGCUAUUAUGGCGGCUAUUAUGGAGAUUACAGCUCGUGGCCUUGGUGCAACAACUAUUACUAUGACCCUUGUUACGACCCCUGCUGGCCAUCAUGGCCGACAUCAUUUGUACCCACUACCACGAAGCCCACCACCUGGCCCACUUACUAUCCCACUCUUCCGCCGAUCACCAGGCCGCCCUACACACCCAUGCCUACCUACAUCCCCAUCAUGCCCACGAGACCGCCCAGACCCCCCACGAGGCCAACUUACAGACCCAUCAUGCCCACGAGACCACCCAGGCCCACCACAAGGCCAACCUACAGACCCAUCAUGCCCACGAGACCACCCAGGCCCACCACGAGGCCAACCUACAGACCCAUCAUGCCCACGAGACCACCCAGGCCCACCACGAGGCCAACCUACAGACCUAUCAUGCCUACGAGACCACCCAGGCCCACCACAAGGCCAACCUACAGACCCAUCAUGCCCACGAGACCACCCAGGCCCACCACAAGGCCAACCAACAGACCCAUCAUGCCCACGAGACCGACCAGACCCACCACGAGGCCGCCCUACACACCAGUCAUGCCAACAGUGACUUCACAUCCUACCUUUCCAACAGUGACAAACACCUAGCGAAAUACUGGGUAAGCUCCUUGUGGGAGGGGGAAGAGGGAGGAAGGCAGCGGCUGUGGGUGAGUGACUAAGAAAUGCAUGGGGUCAAGAAAUUAAUAAUAAAAUCCUUUGGAGUUCGUUAAUGUAAUAAUCCAUGCAUCACUUCUAACUUUUUGAAUGGGUGAGGUCAUCCCUUGGAGGAUCCCACACGCCAAUACUGCAACAUAAAUUGCUUCUCUCUCUCUCUCUCUCUCUCUCUCUCUCUCUCUCUCUCUCUCUCUCUCUCUCUCUCUCUCUCUCUCUCUCUCUCUCUCUCUCUCUCUCUCUCUCUCUCUCUCUCUCGUGUGUAUGUGUGUGUGUGUGUGUGUGUGUGUGUGUGUGUGUGUGUGUGUGUGUGUGUGUGUGUGUGUGUGUGUGUGUGUGUGUGUGUGUGUGCAGGCAAGCAGGUGUGGGCGGGUGUUUGGAGAAUAGGAUGAAAGUUUACUAUCUACAAAAAAGUGACAAAUAAUUAGCGAGUAAUUAUAGAGAAAUAAAUGUAAUUAAUUGUUUAGUUAAAAUGUAUGACAAGAUGUUGCGUAAUCAGUUGCGUCAGUGGUUCAAGUCAUUCCGGGAAUAAGCAAAGAGCCGGCAAGGUCGGGGAUGCAUUGAAACAUAUCAUAACCUUAAUACAAUUGAUUGAUUUAGCCGGGCGUAAGAAGCUCACACUAGUCAUUACCUUCACUGACUAUGCCAAGGUCUGCUCUUAACGCACUGAAGUGCAUAGGAUGCGGCGCAGUGAUGCUAGUCCCGCUGAUGGACAAGUAACCAGACUACACGUGCGUUAUACGGACAGAUAUAAUUACUGCCAAGAUCGAGGUGAGGCAAGCGUACCAACAUUCUGCUUACUGUUUGUGAAUGAUAACAGAAGAUUUUUUUUUUUUUUUUUUUGCUAUUCAUAUUUCAGUACGAGAUCACGACCCUUUCCUGAUGGGGAGUUUCACAGUGGAGUGGUGUAAUAUGUACGAAUAUAUCUAGGGAUCGUCUUCACUAGCGACGGCAGUAUUUUGUCAGUCACUGAGGCACAUGGAAAAUUAAAAUAAUAGUAAUAAUAAAUAAAUAAGUAAAUGAAACGACCAGUAAGUCAUUCUAGCUGUUCCUAUUAAGUGACUGCUGUCUUGCCAUCGAGACGACGGACAAGUGGGCCGGGUGUGGGUGUUGGCGCCUGCCUGUGGAGUGACUGCCACUGUGUCGCCGUGCAAACGGAGUUUCAGUCGUGCGUUCUUACGAAGCAUGUACGUACACGUCGCGUGGCAGCAGUUAAUAACACCUAUUACAAGCUUCACCGUGGCUUUCAUGCAUGAAAUACUUCGUUUUUUUUUUUUUUUUUCAUAAUUUACUGCUUCAAACAUUAUUCACUGACAGCACUGCUCAUGAAGUUUGUAACCCAUACAGAUUCUUACUUUUAAGUGACUAAUUUUGUAUUGCGUCUCAUCUUGGCUAGCUACGCUUAUCGGCAUUUCACAGUGAGCCAUGUGCAUGUGAAAACUAGUUUCCGUGUAUUUUUUUUUUUUUUUUCUUCUGAAUAUGCUUUUUCGUUUUAUCUUGAUAUCACUGUUUUAUCUUUCUCAUUUUUUUUCCACGUCUGUUAUUGUUUUCACGUGUUCUGGAUUACAUUUGUUAUCUUUCACUACAUUUAUCGGUCAUUCAUUGAUAAAAUACUUCUGUAGCCAAGUCUUCUCUUUAUACUGGUAUUUUAUGUGA